UUAAUUAUAAUACAUUUGUGGAAAAAAUGCAUAUAAAUGAAUUAAAAUUAUUGCAGCCAUUGCACGUUGGAUUUACGUCGGACAAAGGAGGUAACACGAUUAGAGUGACUUGGUUCACCAGGAAACAAGUCCUUCAUCAUGUAUGGGAUACCGAUUUAAUCAGAACAGACGAAGGAGGAUUUAAUGCUUCACUUCUGAAUAAUUUCAUUAAAAAAAUUGAACAGGAAAUUACAGAGGUUAUUAUACAUAAAAUGUGUGAAUUUAAUAUCAGAUAUGCAGCAGAGAGUAUUAAAGCAGCUUGUGAUUGGGCUUAUAAGGGGGUGCACCGUGGUUCAAUACUCAAAGAGCUUUACUUUCAGACUCGAUCACCUGUUGUGGAAAUGCGAUUGGCACAAGCUGGUGUUCGUCUCGCGGCAACUCUUAAUCGGAUAUUUGCAUGAUAUAUUUAGUU